AGUGCCGGGCGGGGCCAUCGCCGCCAGCCGCCGGGUGAGGCGCGGGAGGGGGGAGGGGGCGACGAUGUGGUUCAUGUACGCGCUGAGCUGGCUCGCGCUCCUCAUCCAGGCCGCCUUCGUCACCCUCGGCAUCGCGGCCGGAUUGUACUACCUGGCGGAGCUGAUAGAAGAGUACACAGUGGCCACAAGUCGGAUCAUCAAGUACAUGAUCUGGUUCUCCACCGCUGUGCUGGCCGGCCUGUACCUCUUCGAGCACUUCCCGGGCCUCGUGGUGGGCGUGGGGCUUUUCACCAACCUGGUUUACUUCGGACUCCUGCGAACCUUCCCUUUCAUCAUGCUGACCUCUCCAAAUUUCAUCCUCUCCUGUGUGCUGGUUGUGCUGAACCAUUACCUGGCCUUUCAAUACUUUGCAGAGGAAUAUUAUCCCUUUUCAGAGGUCCUGGCCUACUUCACCUUCUGCCUCUGGCUCAUCCCCUUCGCCUUCUUCGUCUCCUUGUCGGCUGGCGAAAACGUCCUGCCUUCCACUGUGCAGCCUGGAGACGACGUGGUCUCCAGCUACUUCACCAAAGGCAAGCGAGGGAAACGCUCCGGCAUCCUUCUGGUCUUCUCCUUCGUCAAGGAAGCCAUCUUGCCUAGCCGACAGAAGAUGUACUGAGCACCUCCCCUCCAGGAAACCCCCAGAUGUUUGUUCUUUCCCCCCUUCCCCUUCUACCGGCCACACGCCUGCCUUCCUCCCCGAAAAGGGGGGACCGUUCUGAGCCUCCGCGUCCCCCUUUGUUCCUUACCUUGGGGUGGAGAAAAUGGGAAAGAGCCCCCAGGUGUGUGUGUGUGGGAGGGGAAGAGCUGGGCCUCCCAAGAUCCCUCCCUUUCCUGGGGGUGGCUGGGCAAGGGGACGAGGGUGGGGACCUCCCCAUCACCCGCCCCUCUCAAUGGGGUCCCCGAUGAGCUCCUAGGCAGGCAGUCGGGGUAGGAAAUGGGGUGGGGGGCGCAACGUUUCCCAAGCUCUCCGCUGCCGGACUUCUUCCAAAGUUUUUGAGAGGAAUCUUCCCAGGGCGGAAAAGACCAAGUGGACUUCUUCAGAUGUCGCCUUCUUCCGUACCGGCUGACCUGACUGAGCCAGACUGUCCAGCCAGGAACGAUCCGGAGUCUUCGUUGUCCUUCCUUCACCGCGCUGGGAGGUUCCCCCCUCCGGGAGGCUGACUCAACUUUCGGUUUUGGUUCUUGUUUUUUUUUUUU